AUGCACGGAUUGGACAGCGGCGGAACCAAUUGGGCAUCAACACCUCUCGGGCCCAUGUCAAGCUGGGAUCCUGUCUUUCGAGAACUGGCCAACCUCGUCAUGCGCAACCCGCACCCUUGUACGCUAGUAUGGGGCGAGGAGCUCAGUAUGGUUUACAACGAGCCUUACCGGAUUGAGGUUGCUGGCAAGAAACACCCCGCGCUCAUGGGUAGCGGGUUCUUUGUGGACUUCCCCGAACUCUGGUCUGACAAGAAGUCCGUCUUUCAGGAAUGUGCCCAGUCAGGUCAGAGUAUACGAAUGGAAAAUGAUCGCCUGUUAAUUGAGCGUUAUGGUUAUCUAGAAGAGACGUUCUUCUCGUGGUCUUGGGUUCCGAUGUACGAUGGCGCCCAACGUCUUCUUGGUUUCUACAACGCGCCAUUUGAAACGACUUAUCAAAUGAUCAGUGGCCGAAGAAUGGAAACAUUACAACGCUUGGGGGAAGCUGUUUCUACAGCAAGAUCUGUACGACAAUUCUGGAAAGCAGUCAUCAAAGGCCUGGAAACCAAUCCAUACGAUAUCAAUUUUGCCACAAUAUACGUCCUUGCAGAGACCGAUGGGAGCGAUACAGCCUCGAUCUCGUCAAAUCCAAACAUAACAUCAAAAGCCUGUGUGCUUGAGGCGGCAAUCGGCGUGCCCAGCAGCCACCCUGCUGCAGCUACACGAGUCGAACUCCAAGAUGAUGCUGGAUUGACGCCCCAGAUGCGAGCUGCCUUACAAACGAAGGAGCCUGUUUUACUGUCCGCAAGGGAUGGUACUCUUCCAAACUUCUUGUUAGAAGGGAUAAGCUUUCGAGGGUUCGAGAUCCCGUCCAACGAAGCUCUGAUCAUGCCACUACGUUCAACUUACGAAUACAACGCAUCUGCGAUCCUGACGAUAGGUCUUAACCCACGCAGACGGUACGACAAGGACUACCAAACGUUCAUCACCAUGCUUGAUCGCCAGCUAUCAACAUCACUGGCCUCCGUGCUGUACGCAGAAGACGAGGCUCGCAGGAAUCGGACUGCAGCCGAGCUCGCGACGCUCCAACGCGAACACUUGACAGAACAGCUGGAUCUUCAAAGAGGUCGGUUGCGGAGAAUGACCGAGCUUUCACCCCUCGGAAUGUUCCUGAUCAGUCCUGACGGUGUGCUUCUGGAAGCCAACGACCGAUACUACGAGAUGACGAACCAUCCGCACGACUCUUAUAUUCUGUCUUUCAUGGAGACUGUGGCCGAAUCGAGCGCUUCUGUUGCCCUCGAGAUAUGGCAUCAACUGACGGUCGAGAGAAAACCUGUGGCCCGUGAUCUUCUACUGAGCCACAACUACAAUACUGAAGUCGACGAAGCUGGCGUUCCUAUUGAGCCAUGGGUGUUGGUCUCAGCUACUCCUGAAAUUGGUCCAGACGAUGAGCUUAGAAGCAUCCUGGGAUCGAUCACGGACAUGUCACAUUAUCACUACGCCCGGCGGCUGCAGGAGCAGCGUCUUCGUGAAGCCGAAGAGACCAAGCAGCAGCAAAACGCGUUCAUUGACAUCACUUCACAUGAGAUGCGAAACCCUCUCAGUGCGAUUCUCAUUUGUGCAGAAGAUAUCAAAGACUCGCUGCAGAAUCACGAUUUCGAUGUCCAGGAUGCUCAGCUCGUUGCUGACUGUGUGGAAGCUGCUGAUACAAUUACAUUAUGCGUGCAACAUCAGAAGACCAUUGUCGACGACGUCCUUACAGUCUCGAAAUUGAACUCCAAUCUGCUUGUUAUCUCGCCACUCGCCUCAAAUCCGGUGCAGGUAAUUCAGCAAGCAAUGAACAUGUUUCGCAAGGAGGUACAGUCCAAGCAGAUCGAUCUCAGCCUACGUUUACACCCAUCAAUGAAAGAUCUCAAUAUAGAAUGGAUCAUGCUUGACCCUGGACGGGUAUUGCAAAUCAUGGUCAACCUUCUCACAAACGCUAUUAAGUUCACGCAACAGUCGUUGACGCGAUCGAUCUCGGUACACGUGGGCGCAUCUUUCAGUCCGCCGAUGCCGAACACGAAAUCGUUCGAGUAUGUGCCGAGAAGGAGUCCACAGGUAGACAUCAGCCAUGGCGAGGGUUGGGGAGCCGACUCAAUCAUAUACUUAUGGGCCAGAGUCAUCGACACUGGCUGUGGGCUCACGAUCGAGGAAAAGCACAGGCUCUUCGAACGCUUUGCCCAAGCUUCGCCACGUACACACGCGCAGUACGGUGGCAGCGGACUAGGCUUGUUCAUCUCAAGGCAACUCGCCGAAUUACACGGCGGUCAGAUCGGCGCGGCGUCUGAAGCAGGCGUCGGGAGCACUUUUGGUUUCUUCAUCCAAUGCCGAAAGACCAUCGAUCCCGGAGUCCGCAAAGGAUCAGUACUGCCGGCCACCAGGAGCAUCUCCAAUUUUCCAACAUCGACAUACGAAAGAAACAAUGCAUCUGAAAAUCAGCUCACGAAUCGAACCCAGAACGUUUGUGUCGUCACGCCAUCGCCGAUAGUUGAGAAUACAGAUGCGAAGACCAUCCACGUCUUAGUGGUGGAGGACAAUCUCGUCAACCAGAGGGUUCUCAAGAAGCAGCUCGAAAAGGCCGGCUGCGUGGUCGAGACCGCUGACAACGGCAUCCACGCUCUAGAAUACCUGCGGACCACAAAUCUCUAUGCACAUGGCACAAAGCCGAUAUCGAUCGUGCUCAUGGAUCUGGAAAUGCCCGAGAUGGGAGGGUUGGAAUGUGUGACACGCAUCAGAGAACUUCAGACUCAAGGCAUUAUUCGUCGGCAUGUGCCCGUCGUGGCCGUUACAGCAAACGUCAGGGCAGAGCAGAUACUGGUUGCGAGGAAGAGUGGCAUGGAUGAUAUUAUGUCAAAGCCGUUCCGGAUCGCUGAUCUGUUGGGGAGAAUUGAGGUGAUGGUGGGACAUACUCCGUCACAACAGCAUCCUUGA